AGAUUUUACAAACUAGGCGAAUUGCGUCUUGUUGAAUGGAGGUAUCUCAGUUGAGAGAUUUUUCAUAGGUUUAAUUAUGGCGGCCUCGGCAAAUCCUGAUGUGAAUACUGUAGUUUAUAAUUACCUACUAAAGACUUGUCCGAAAAGUGCAAAAACAUUUGCGAAGACUACUAAAGUGAAGGUAGCUCAAACUGGUGUACCUUCCUUGGAGGAUCUUUUUAAGAAAAGCUCAACGUUAUCGCCUUCUGGACCUAAAAAGGGUUCACAAAUAACUAAACCAUCAAAAGACUCUGACAGCUCUGAUUCAUCAGAUUCAGAAGAUGAGAAGCAACCAUCAAAACCUGCAACUUUACCUAAGAAGACAGCAGUAACUCCUAUUCCAAAAACCUCUCAGAAGAACCAAAGGGCUAAAGAUACAUCCUCAUCAGAUAGUUCAGAUUCUGAUGAUGACAAUACUCAGAAAACACCACUUAAUUUAGGAAAGAAGUCCCCCACCACUCGUACCCCAUUCUUAAAUCCUGUAGUAAAACCUGCUGUUGCACCUCAAAAUUUUAAAGUUGCAUCAAAAGAUUCUUCUGAUAGUUCUGAUUCAGAUGAGGCACCAUCCCAGAGUAAAGUACCAAAUAAAGUUACACCCAAGGUAAAUUCAGUACCAGUUAAACCAUCUGCUAAAACAACGAAGAAAGACUCUUCAUCUGAUAGCUCUGAUUCAGACUCUGAAGAAGAGCCUAAAAACAAGCCUGCAGCACCAUUGAAUACAUCUUCUAAGAAAGUAAUUCAAAAUUCCACUAAAACCCCACAGUCUACUAAAAAGUCUUCUUCAUCUGACAGUUCAUCAUCAGACUCGGAUGACAAUUCUAAGAAAGUACCUGCUAAUCUAAAAUCCCCUGGUAAAGCAGUUGCUAAACCUUCUCCAAAACCUACUGUUACAGCAAAGAAAGAUUCAUCUUCAGACAGUUCAGAUUCUGAAGAUGACAAGUCUACUAAUAAAACUCCUGCUAAACCGGUUGUUAAAACUUCUACUAAACCAGUUGCCAAACCUUCUCCAAAACCUACUGUUACAGCAAAGAAAGAUUCAUCUUCAGACAGUUCAGAUUCUGAAGAUGACAAGUCUACUAAUAAAACUCCUGCUAAACCGGUUGUCAAAACUCCUACUAAACCAGUUGUUAAAACUCCUGCAAAGCCCAUUGUCAAACAGCCUGGUAAAAUGGCUUCACAAUCAGAUUCAUCAGAUAGUUCCGAUUCAGAAGAUGAUAAUGUUUCUAAAAAUAAAGUACCUCCUAAACAAGUUGUAAAAUCCCCAGUAAAGGUUCCGUCAAAACCAGUUGCGAAGAAUUCCUCUUCAUCUGACAGUUCAGAUUCUGAUGACGAUCCAAAGAAUAAAUCAAAGCCUAAUACAAUAGUACAGAAACCAGCAGGAAAACCUCUUGUAACUCAACAGAAGAAGCCAGCUACUAAUGACUCAUCAGAUAGUUCAGAUUCUGAUGAAGAACCACCUCAAAAGAAAUUGGCACCUCAGCAAAAUAAAAUUUCUGCAAAGCAGACUUUGUCAAAACCAGCUCAGAAACAAGCAUCUGCUUCGAAACAGGCUUCCUCGGGUAGUUCAGAUUCUGAGGAUGACUCAUCAUCUGAUGAUGCAACUGUAAAAAAGCCACCUACUGUUACAAAACCUCCUCUUAAAACUCCAUUGAAAUCGCCAGGUAAACCUCAAGUACAGGUAGGUAAGAAAGAAUCAUCAUCGGAUAGUUCAGAUUCAGAAGAUGAACCUAAAUCCAAGACUCCAAUGAUAAAUCAACAGAAAAUUGUAUCAAAAGUUCAGCCUGCGAAGAAAGCAGAAUCUUCAUCUGAUGAUUCAGAUUCUGAAGAUGAACAGCUACCCAAGUCUAAAGUAGCAACUUCAGUUAAGGCUGUAACAUCUGCACAGAAAGCAAAGCCUGCAGUUACUCAGCAGAAUAAACCCCAAGUUGCAGUAAAGAGUAAAGCUGCUUCUAGCUCUGAUGAUUCCAGUUCUGAUUCAGAUGAUCAGAGUAAAGCAAAACCUGUGCCUAAGAAAGCUGUUUUAACUAAAUCCUCUCAAGCUUUGCAAGCUUCUAAAAAAGCAUCAAGCUCUGAUGAUUCUAGUUCAGAUGAAGAUCAGACAAAUGUUAAGAAAGCAUUAAAUGCUUCUAAAAAUACACCACUGCCCAAAAGUUUAUCUCAAUCAAAGACAUCGACCCCUAAAGUUAAUUCAAAGUCUGAUGAAUCGUCAGAUAGUUCAGAUUCUGAUUCGGAUCAAGCCAAAAAGCCAGUUUCUAAACCCAAUGUAAUGUCAUCGGCUAUUACUAAAUUUGCUAAAAUGUCGUCUGAUUCAAGUUCAGAUUCUGAUUCUGAAGGUGGUAAAGGAUUGAUGGUAACUUUAGCAAAAAAUGCUCCAGGUAAAAAUUUAAAACAGCCUACAGGAACUCCUAGCAAAACAUUAGGCAAUACAUCUUUGAAGAAAACUGCUGAAAGUUCUGAUGAUUCCAGUUCCGAUUCUGAUGAUGAUAAGUCUGGUCCAACACCGACAAAAGCUACAAAUAUUAAUAAAAAACCACAAGCUAAUUCUGCUGUUAAACCUAUAGUUUCUGCAAACAAAAAACAGUCUAGUAGCUCCGAUUCCAGCUCUGAUUCUGAUGAUGACAAACCUAAAUCUGCCCCAAUACCAGUAAAAGCUACAAAUAUACAACAGAAAACAUUAAUCAAUUCUGCAGGUAAAUCAAAAGUCCCUACCAAUAAAAGAAAAGAAUCUAGUAGUUCUGAUUCCAGUUCUGAGUCAGAUGAAAAAUCAAAAAAACCAACUACCAUUCCUAAAACUCCAGUUACGCAGAAUAAAUCCAAGCCAAAGGAAUCGUCAUCGUCUGAUUCUUCAGACUCGGAAACCCCUCAAACUCAGAACAAGGCUAGUGUUUCUCGUGUCGUUGCUGCUAAAGCACCUGCUGCAAAAGCAGAUUCCGAUUCAUCAGACAGUUCUUCUGAAGAGGAAUCGGCUGCAAAAAGCAAACCAACUCCAUCUAAGCCUUUAACUCAGAAUUCUCUGAAACGGAAGAAAGAAAGUUCUGAUGAAUCUAGCUCAGACUCAGAUUCAGCCAAAGCUAAUGGUAAGCUUCCUGCUCAACCUCAAAAGAAACAAAAAGUGAAUAAUUUAACAGCUAGUGAUAUUGCUGAUUUAAGUUUUAAUUCUGAGAAGGGAACAAAACGGGGAAGUGAGACUCCAGUCGCGUCAGAUUCCACAAAGAAGCGUAGAGGUUCAUCUCCUUUCAGAAGAGUAAAAAGUGAGAAUGUUGCCAUUGAUCUUAGAUUACAGCAGUCAAGUCAGAUAGCUAAGCAUGAGAUACCUUCUUUGGGUUCUGCUCGUGGAAAACAAUUCAGACAUGAAAAGACAAAAAAGAAGAAAGGAAAUCAUUCAUUUGGGAAAAUUGACAUGUCGGUGAAAUCUAUACUAUUUGAUUAAAACUUAAUUUUUAUUUUAAUUUCUUUUAUACUUUAUGCUGGAAUGAUAGGGUAUGGAUUAGUUUUUAAUUAUGGAAGAAGCCUGUGAUUCUGAUUCAAACGUUGUUGAAAGUCUUGAGCAUUUACAUUGAUUCAUAUCACCCAUGAUGCCACCAUGACUUGGCAUUGACUUGAAUUUAUUCAACAUUAGAUCAUUUUGUUUAAUAAAAAAUAUUUAAAAAAAA